AUGUGUACACUCACUACAUCACCACCUAUGAAGAGUACCAGGUGGCAGCGGUACGAAGGAGCCUCCACCAUCUACGGUCCGCACACGCUCAGUGCCUACCUGCACAAGUACCGAGGUCUGGCCAGAGCCAUCGCACAGGACAAAGUGUCAGAGUUGCCAGCUGGUCCUGAGCCUCCCUUCUUUACCAAGAAUCUCUUCAGUCUGCUGCCUGCAGCAGCUGUUGACAGAAAACCAGAGAACACCAGCUUUGGAGACGUCCUGCAGCAGGUUUACCCCGUCUAUAGACAGGUAGGACACAUGGGUGAUGUUGUCUCUGUCACAUUCGUAGCAGGAAACCCCAGGCACUCCGGAGACAUUAGAGAUAAAACUUUUGUUACUGUGGAGAUUCAUGAUAACAGAACAGAAACCUGGGAGGUUGUGCACACUGAUGCGUCAUGGGAGACCAGGUUUCACUGGCUGCAGGGAUCAAACCGACAGAGUAACGCUACCGUCGAGUGGCACAUUCCCCUGUCGGCCCCCAGCGGCUCCUACAGGAUCAAACACUUUGGACACUACAAACAGAUGAAAGGCCUGCGACCAGUCAUCACACCAUAUGAAGGCACAACUGACGUCUUCAGAGUCACUGCCAGCUUUUAUUAUCAGUGACAUCACCGGUCCCUGAUCAUUAAGGAACAGAAAUCCCAAGACCAUCGACUCAAACUAACUCUCUGGGACUUUAUGCAAGAACCCAUUCCAGCAGGAGCGGGUUUAGACUCUUUGAAA